CGGGCGGGCGGAGCCAAGUAGGAGGAAAUGGUGCUGUUGGCUGACUGCUCCCAAGAAAACCGGCGACGAGCAUCCAUACCCGGCAGUUUGACCGUACAUCUUCGCUGCUUUCAAUUCACCUUUACUGCAACUGCAACCGAGCAAGACACAUCUCUCAAGCAGAACUUCAUUCACGCACUAAAACACAUCGACAUCUCGCUACUUAUAAACCAAGCAACACUUGUAUGCUGCCAUUUCUAGAAAUAUCUGUGAAGGGCUCGGAGAUUAACGUUAUAGUUAAACGGCUGCAGGAUGGAGACGCAGAUACAUGUGCCCGUGGGGUCGCCGGUUAUUAGAAAAAUUCCCAUUUUCGUGGACGAGCACAACGUGACGGAGGGGGCGAUGAAGCUCAUUAAAGAGCUGAGACCGGCGUGGGACACGAGCCAUGUCAAGACCAAGCUCUUCACUGAUGGAACCACCAACAAGCUAGUGGGCUGCUAUGUGGAGGAAAGUCCAGAGGAUGUGGUCUUGGUCCGAGUAUACGGGAACAAGACAGAGCUGAUUGUGGACAGAGACAAUGAGCUCAAAAGCUUUCAGGUGCUACAUGCUAAUGGUUGUGCUCCUCGCCUCUACUGCACCUUUCAGAACGGCAUCUGCUAUGAGUUCAUGCAGGGGGACGCUCUUGGGACGCAGGACGUCAGGGAUCCUUCCUUACUAAGAAUGAUAGCUAGGGAGAUGGCUCGUAUCCAUGCCAUCCAUGCACACAAUGGCUGCAUCCCCAAACCCAACCUGUGGAUCAAGAUGCGAAAAUACUUCUCCCUCGUGGCCACCGAGUUCACCGACCAAGCGUCCAACGUUAGAAUACAGCAGGAGGUGCCCAGCAAAGCUGUGCUGGAGCAGGAGAUGGUGUGGAUGAAGGAGCAUCUCUCCACUCUGGGCUCCCCUGUGGUGCUCUGCCACAAUGACCUGCUCUGCAAGAACAUCAUUCACAACAGCAAAGAGGGUCAUGUUCGCUUUAUAGACUAUGAAUACUCCAGCUACAACUACCAGGCAUUCGACAUCGGCAACCACUUCAAUGAAUUUGCAGGAAUGGCGGAGCUGGACUAUGGACUGUACCCGAGUCGGGAGAUGCAGAUGGAGUGGCUCAAAGUGUACCUGCAGGCAUACAAAUUCUUCACCAAGAAAACAGAGGAGGUCAGCCAGCGAGAGCUGGAGACACUCUAUGUACAGGUCAACAAGUUUGCUCUGGCUUCUCACUUCUUUUGGGGCUUCUGGGCGCUCAUCCAGGCCAAAUACUCCUCCAUCGACUUUGACUUCCUCGGGUACGCUGUGCUACGUUUCAACCAGUACUUUGAGACCAAACCUGCAGUGAUGGCCCUGCAGAUCCCAGAAUGAGAGGAGACGGAGAAAGACAGACUGCGGAGAGAAGACAGGAGGGAGGGUUCUAUGCUGGGACUUCCUGUAGGGUGGGAACUCUUCUCUGUGAGCCAGCUGUUGAUGGACCUCUGCUCGGUCUACCCAGCAUCCUUUUUCUGCAACAAGCGCAAUUACUCUUUCAUUGCCCCAACGUAGCUCCACGUCUGUCACAACUCUAGCUCAAGAAUGAUGAAACUUCAGUGAGCUCUGUGUGUAUGUGUGUGAGUGUAUGCUCGUGUAUGUUUGUGUACUUAAUUUAUCUUGAUAAACCCUGACGUCUCGCUUUCCCUCUUCGGGCAGCUGAACAAGGCAUAGUGAGCAGAGCCGUCUGAGUUUAGGGUAGAGAUCACAGACUUGCUUUAUCGUCUGUCACUCUGGCGCCAAAAUGUUCCACAACGCUGGUAAUGAAGGUCAAAAGAGGGACGAGACUGUUAAGGAGGGUUUGAUGCUGACAUUGGCAGAUAGUUUGUCCUGCUCUCUGUGCACUGUAUCUAUGGCUCAAUGCCACGGCCUCGUUAUAGUUAGAAACUGACUACAGAGGCAUUUCACCUGGGAUUCCUCAGAUUUUGCAUGUGGUGUGUGCGGUGAGACCAUUCCUCCUUCUGUCUGCAGACAUUUUAACACUUUAAGUUCUGACUCGUGCGAUCCUUCCUCUUUUAUUCCUCUGUCUUUGAUGCUAAGUGCUCGUAGCUGCGGUAUUUCUGCACUGCACUUCCCAGAGAUUACCUGUGCAUCAAACCCUGUGGACGGUACUGUGUUGUCUGUUUCCUCUGAUUUUCUUCUGUCGUUGCAGUUUGAGCUUCAGUAUCUCUUGUAGUUAUUCCAAGCAAACUACUGCUGCUGCUAGAAAUGCAAAACAAACUUCUCUGUGUGCUAGUGGACUUCUCUUUAGGAAGAACCUCCACUGAGUCCAUGGAACAGCAAAUGGAAAAGCUUUUCAUGGACUGGCUGUAGGUUGAAUCACUAUUGUGUUAUAGCAAUCGGUGAUAGAGAGUAGCUUAAUGUGCAUUUAUUUAUUUAUGUGAAGACAUGUGGAUUACUUAACAUCUCAGGUGAAACAGCUCCUCAGUUUGGGUUGUUUUGUGUUGAACUUGGAAGUGAUAUGAAGCAGGAGGGGAGAUAGAUGUUGGGUAAAAAGAGAGGACCUGUGUAAACGUCACUUUCAACUCUGUGUGCAUUGCUGUCCUCGAACAGUUUUCCACCUUUUUGACUUUUAUGGUUACAGCGAAUCGCUCCGUUAAACUUUCCAUUUAAACUUUCCAGACCUCUUGGAAAAUCACAACCUCUGUCACCCCCACUGCCAACCCCUCCUUUUCUCUUUUAUGCCCUCCUGUGUCUGCUCCCUCCUCACUGUUACUAUCUUUGUUCUGCUCCCACCACAGUUUUGUUUCAUAUCUCCCUUUUUGUGUUGAGAUUGAGGCAGUAGCACCUGUUCCACGGGCCAUCUUACCAUCAGAGACUGCUCUCAGCCCCACACUGUAAUCUAUUGCUAUUCACAUCCCAGAUUUGGAGCUAAAUUUUGUUACGUAAUCAGACAUUGCAUAAGUUAUAUCUGGGGUCAAAUCAAGUGUAGCUUUCAAAAUGAGGCAAGAGUGGGUUAUCUGGGGCUGUGCUGCUGUCAUGAGAGCCCCCUAUUACUGGGAUGAAAGAGCAUAGCAUCGGACUCUCCAGAGAUGUAGUCAUAAAAAAAAAUAAAAAAACACAGACACGUACAGUGUCUGUAAAAGCAAAAAUACUAUAACUCCACUGAUUUUAUACAUCAAAGUCUGUUUCCAGGUGUUAGCAAGUACUACAGUAUGUGUGAAAAAGAUUGUAUCAAGCCUGUCGUGUCUCCAGAGGGAGCUGUGUGAAGUCUGAUAAAUGUCCUCAAGUGAUGUCACUUAAGUCAGUGUUUGCCGAAGACUACAUCUUAGAAAAUGGAAAAAAAAAUUCUAGAGGUGUGGAGUCGGAUUCAAGUGAGCUUACCAGACCUCACCACAGCACGCAGCUCAUAUCUGCUGGAGGCUAGCGACUCCAGGCUACAUUAGAUGCCACCCAUGGGGCUUCAUUUUGGUGCGUUAUCCGGCGACUCCUGAUCUUUUUUAUCAGCCGUGAUGCGAAAAACCAGGCUAGACCUGUUGCUUGUGUGGGUAUAUCAUGGUAUGAAACACACAGGUACUGUAGCUUCAGCGAGAGAGAAAGCAAUGACGUCACUUAAACAACUUGUGUAGUCUUUCUAAGUACUUAUUACAUACUUGCAUAAUGCGUAAUUACAUACACAGGUUUUGCUUGAGAAGUGAAGCUGAUCAUUAUUUAUGUCAGUCGAUCAAUCAGUUUCAGCUCUAUUUGAGUUCAGAUUUGACAAAGCUUCUUCAGAGCCACAAAAGUAACUUUACAUCCAUUUCCACAGGCUGAGUAGUGCUAACUGUGCCAGGUAAACUGAGCUUCAUGUGUAAAAUCAGCGGAAUGCGCCUUUAUUAAGCACAGUAGGUCUUAAUGGUCCUUAAUUAUUGAUUUUUUGUUCUUUAUUCUAAUUUUGGCCACUCAUAGUUUACAUGUGUUCAUAAUGAACUCAGAUUUAAUUAGACAUCGGUAACUUCUUUCCUUUAAUUCAGUAGGACUUACAUAAAAUUCUGCACAGACUUUUAAACUGUCAAUAAUCCUAUAUUUGGCUUUUGGUGCAGAUGAUCUUUGCACUGACCAGUAAAAGUUAGUCAAAUCUUGAUACAGCACAAGCACUGGCUUUAUAAUGAACUGAAGCACAGGAUUCACUCCUCCUCCUCAUCCUCCCCAUAGUUGACACAAUCACUGGCCUGAUCACACUGGACUGAUAAACACAACACGUUUAUGAAUGAAUCAGAGCUUCAGAUCAUAUCUUCUGAAGCUGUUUCCACAACACAGAUGUGUCCUCUCUCUCUCUCACCUACACACUCUUCUGGAUAUCCAGUACCCACAUAAUCCCAGCAGGGGGAGACACUGAGCCCUGAGCUUUGUCCUCCUCUGCAGGUCUCAUGUAACUGAUAGGCUUAAUAAUUUACCAAGUGAGCAGCAGCCCUUCAGGACAGCAGAAGAGACACUAACUGAUGUUAAUGGUUUUCAGUCAGAACCGUUAACCUGAGAAAGUGUUUUCAGAGGGAUCACAGCUACAUUUGAAAUGUGUCAGUGGUUCUUAUCCUGAGAUGGGAUGAUCAGAGCAUUCUGAUGUGAAUUACAACUCAUUUUAGGGCUGUGAGGCUAAGUGGGUUUAAAGGGACAGUUCAUCCUGAAAUCAAAAAUACACAUUUUGACUCAUCCCUUUAGUGCUGUUUAUCAGUCAAGAUUGUUUUGGUGUUAGUUGCAGAGUGUUGGAGAUAUCGGCUGUAGAGAUGCAAUGUCUCUUUCCAGAAAUCAUGACUGGGUUACUAAAAUAAUCCACAGAUCUUGUUGUUUCCUAUCAUGCUUCACCCGCCAAAGAAGGAAAUGUGAUUCUACUCUUGGACAAGAGUCUCUUGCCUGCUUGUUUGUGUGGCGCUAGAUGUAAACACUGGUGGCAUCCUCUUUGGCUAAGUUGUGACAUUUGCUAGCUCAGUGGUGCUAGGUGAGCUAGCAGUAGAUUCACACUUCCUGUAGUUCAGUAAAAAGAAAAUAGUUCCUACAUGAAACUGCUCACAACAAGGUCUGUGGAUUAUCUUGAGUAACUAUGUCAUGAUUUCUGGAAAGAGACAUUGCUAUUGAGUUUUUGAAAUGUUGUUUUUUUUGUGGCGCUUGGAGCACCACAAGCUGAGUGACAUGUAGUUCCAUUAUAUUUGAGAGAAGUUGACAUCUUUACAGCUGAUAUUUCCAACACUGCAACUCAAACCAAUACCAUCUAGACUCAUAAAUAGCACUACAGGUAGGAGGAAAAAUAUUCAGUUUUGAUUAGGGGUGAACUGUCCCAUAAGGUACAUAGUGAAAAAAGUACUUAUGUGUUGGCACAUAUUUGGGAGCAAAAAGCUACUGGCGAUAUUGUCUUUUGAAAGCUCAAAUGAUCCCGGGUCAGUAGCACAUUUUCCAUUUGAGGAUAAUCAAGAGGCCCUUAUUUUAGGGGACUAAUAGUGGAGUAAUCUGCUUAGUAGAUUUGCAGACAAAGGCCAAAUUAGUAAGCUUGCUGCUUGAACGCACAAUCCUAAUACCCUGGUAGGAAUUCAGCCUGGAUAAAAAAAAAAGGGCAUUUGCACUGAAUGAAUUUCUCCAUUCACUUAGCUAGAGGACACCAACCCUGAGUGGAAGUCAUCUGUUGACACAGUUUGGGAUUUUGGAAGAGAAAAGUUAGGGCAGGUUUAUUUAGUUUCCUCUGAAAUUAAAUCUAACACUCCAGCGGUCACCAAUGUGAGAGGCUAGAGCUAAAUAUAGAGUUGUACUGAAAACACAUUCCACACAGAUCUGAGAUUGUCCUAAAAACUCUGCUCUCAUUCUCGAGUGUUGUAGUAUAUUAGCAGCUGUUUGGCCCAUUGGUCACCUUACCCACUGUGUUGUAUGGCAUCAAAAAGUUUGAUACCAAAAUCAUGUCUGAAAUAGUUUGGUACACACCGCUUUCUAUAAUCAUUGAAGCACUCUUGUCCUUGAACUUUCUCAGGAAAGGUUGCCCUUCUCUGAAAAAACAAAAAAACAUGGACACACCAUCAAAAAUCCGAACAUUAACUAAGAGUUUUCUGUCACUCUCUAAAUCAUUGACAUGUCUUUAAACAGUAACUUAAUAUCAGGCUGAAAAGCAAUGUUUUAACUGCCUUAUUUGGUAGAAAGUUUCAAGUCUAUUGCACCACCCUGCAUCUGUGAUCGUAGCUAACCGUGAUGUCAGGGUGUACUGACAGACCCUGGAGUACACGUCCACAUCACUGUGGCAAGGGGAGAUAUUAAACCACUACAAAACUUGUGUUAAAAGUGUUAAGUUACUCAAUAAAUACACUAACUAGCACUGGACAACAAGUAAUGGAUUCAACAGAACUAUGUCAACUCAAGGCUCACUUACUAGCUUUUUCAGGAGCUUUCAAUUGUAUCAGACGGUCUUCGUCAGCAGAUGGAGUUUGCUAUGUUGUCAUGGAGACGGAUCUGUUGUCUGGUAUAAGCUAAACGUGUUAGGAUCGCUUUGUCAAACUAAAUUUUGUGGAUAAACCUAAAAAAAAAAUUGUAGUCAAAAAUGAGACCAAUGACAGAUCUCUCUUCCUACUCGUCUUAAUUGUAACUUACAUAUUAACCAAGGAGUUAGCUAAAGUUUUUGCACUGUUGACUGCACUUGCAAUCAAGUUCGACAUUUCUGCUGCAGAACUUGUAGCUCUACAAAACAUAAAAUAAAACACUGACUAUGAUUACAUGCACAAAAUAAUCCAGUUGUCCUUAUUCUGAAAAAUAAAAUACUCCUACUAAGCUGUUUGUGGCUAAUGAAAGUUCCACUAAUAUUCCCUGUUACACGCAGCCAUGCACACUCCAAUAAACAUGCCGUAGCAUGUCGUCAAAAUAUGGAAAAGGGGAUCGGCUGUGGCUUGUGCCAGGAUUUUUUCAGUUUUACUCCAGUGACGGACUUGUUCAACCGUGUGAACACAGCCUCCCUCUUUAAUUCUUUUAAUCACCUUCUUGAAAAGGUUGGUGUUGCAAUAUUUGCACAUAUCUUCAAACCUCUUAAUAUCCAAGUCUUUCAUAAUGUUAAGAAGUUCGGUGUGUUUCUCCUUCAGACCAGAAAUGUGGACUUUUCUUUUGGGCAUGCAUCUGUACCUCACAGCCCUACAAACUGUUGGCUAGUUGGCUGUGUACAACACACAGAGCUGACGGCAAACAGGCAAGAGGCAUUGUGUCGUAAAACCCCCACUGAGACACAUAUUCCAUAUUGGCUGUAUACGUGUCCAAAGAAUGCUCCUAAAAUCAGACUAAUACAGACAUAUCCCUCAUGAUUUAACCCGAAAUUGGAAUAUUCAGACAGAAUAUGCUGUUAACAUGACCCCUAUCAAAUUCACAAUAUUGUCAUAUUCGCAAUAAUAGUGGAAUAUUAAUGUGCAUGUAAACAUAGCUGAAGAUAAGUGUUAUUUUAAUUUCUUAUUAGCAUUACUAGCCACAACAAUGACGUUUCUCAGUACAUAACACACUGGGUAAGGUGAAAAGAAGCCAAAGGAGAAUGGGAACUCUUUUUCUUAAGACCAGUUUGAUCUGUUUUUGUGGCGACCUCUAGUUUCCCAAAAAUGUCCUGUUCCAUGUUGGCCGUCAAAGAUUUGACUCUCUUUUUGUCAGGCCUUAUUGGUGUUUUAAAGCAGUUUUAAACAGGGUUUAUUUAUUGAGUGACUCUAACAUUGUUUUUCCACAUUUUGUUUUGUUGUUUUCUAAUCAUACCAAAAUGGUUAGCUUCAGAGGGUUUGCAUUGCAGUUCAUUUGAGAUUAACUAUUUUUGUGUGUGAAUGUACUAACUUAAUUUUAAGAAACACUGUACAGAUAACUGAUUAUUUUUGUUUCCUUUGUAUGCUGAUAUUUACUUUUUGUAAAUGCUUUGAGCGCUGUUUAAAGGGACCCAGCAUUUAGCUUGCAGAUGUGACUUUGUAAAUGUACUCAUCAACUGCUCAAGGAGAUGCUGCGUUAUCGCGUGCGGCCAGCGGAGAUGGAGGAUGUAAAUAAUGUAAGAAAUACUGUGAAAAGCUUACUGUACAGUGAUCCUUCACACCUGUAGGAGUGGCAAGAAGAAUUAUUUAACAGUUGUCAGUAAACAUUUCCAUUAAAAUGUAUAAAAUAAUUUUAAAAAGUCUGUGUUUUUCAUUGGUCUGCUCUCAGAAGUUCUGACUACCAAUAUAGGACUUUUAUUCUACUGACUCUCCAGUUUCCUCCUGUUUGUGUGUGCGUGCCAGCUGACCUGGUGCCUUGGCCUUAACAGGAGGAAGGAAGGAGAAAACACUGCUGUGGGACAUCCUGCCAAAACACACACACACACACACACUCUGAGGUGAUGACUCCUAACAUCCUUGCCGUUGAGCUUUCAUGUCUCUGACUGCAUCUGCCUUCGCCAUCACUUUACUUUAUUUAAUAGACUCCAAUCAAAACUGAGUUAGCUGCCAUUCAAGAAAUAAAACAAC